AUGGACGUUCAAACGGGAUCUUUAUCUUCGUCGAUUGUGGAUUUCUUCAAAAAACCGGUUGAAAAGAGGGGACAGGAUUACAAAGAGAUCGGAAAUGACGUUAGUACGAGCAAUCAAGGCUUAGACAACGGUUUACGAGAGGAUGUGACUCUUCCCGAUGGUCAAGGGUCGUUGAUCCUUUACGAGACGAAUUCACAGCUUAGACCGCCGGUUUUGCCCAUCUUACCGGUCCAACGUUUGAGGUUGCUGAGGCAUAAGCAGGAAGUGAGACGGAGAUUGGGCUCUGAUGUUCUUCUCUCAGUUGCCGGAUCGCAGAGAACGCCUAGACUGAGCCUGUUAGAUACUAGCUACUCUGAACAACACUCCUCCACGCCGUCGCCUGUGAAAGCGGCCGGAACUGCAGAGCCAGUCGAAACCUUGCAGGUUUUGAAGUCGCGAAAAGUGGGCAAUAAUCAGCGGCGGGGAACGAGAUGGUCCGGGAGUUUCGAUUACGAUCUAUCGGAAUACGAUAAUCACCGUAAAGAGGGCAAGUGUGUCACGAAUGUUGUGAAGAAGGACCAUAUCGACUCACCAAGCAUAGCAGCGACGAAAAUGGCGGCGCCUCCCGGUGGGCUAUUCCAGGAUAUCAAUGUCAGCCCGCUGUCCGCGGCUCAGCGAGAUAUCCUUCUUAAAGGCCAGCCGACAUCCGCUGCUGGACAGCCAGUGGAAAGAGAGAGUACGAUUGUCGCGGGGCGCAGUCAGGGCGAUGCAAUAGAUGCCAGGCAGCACAAGGACAAGACCGUUCUUCCGUCUAUAGGGUUCGAUUUUAUCAAACCUAGCGAUACUCCUUCGAAGACAGGCGACCUUGAAGCAAUUAAAAUGGGACAGAAGCUGCAAAAGGCGGAAAGUGAAUCUCUUCAGUUCAAGCCUGCGGAGCAGCCAUCGAAGCAGGCGGCUGUCUUGCCGGCUACAAAACCAUCCUUCACUUUUACAGCUCUAAAGUCGAACAUCGAUGAACAUGCUCAUCGAGCCAGAGAAGAAGAAGAGGACGCGGACGGGCCUAGAAGAAAAAGGGCUGCGCGUCUUUUCACUGAUACUGCUACGUCCUCUGGUUUGAAGUCAAGUUCGCCUUCCAGCAGUCAAGACAACAACAAACCCGCCUUCUCGUUUGGGAAAGCUGUGACAGCGGAUAAGGGCACGACAAUGGUCUCUAGUGCGUCAACCGAUAAGAAGCAGGCUUCGCAGCCAUUGUUUAAAUUUGGUAAACCAAACGAAAACAACGAGGAGGAAAAAAGCAAACCCGCAAACAUCGGUUCGGUACCGUCUUUCUCGUUUAGCACCAAGCAAAGCGAUGAAGCACAGUUGAACGGUCCGUCUCUAUUGGGAAACGACCUUGCAAAAUCUACCAAGACAGCUUUUUCGCUCGGGAGCGGUCCAGAAUCUGCUGCUCAAGUAUCAUCACUUGGUAAGAGCUCCGAAAAAACGAGCGAUGAUUCUUCCCGCAAAGGUGAGGAUGAUGUUGCCGUUACGAGGGCAACACAGGCUCCCAGUUUUAACAUUUCUACCGGUGAAAAGACGGCUGAAGUUAGCAAAACGUCAUCUAUUUUUGGUCAAGGUGCCGCCGAUGAUAAGAAAGAUUCUUCAACUUCAACAGCGUUCUCAUUUGGUCCAAGCAUCGCGCCCGGCCUGAAGGGUAAGCCAGCUGCUCCCUCGUUUACUUUUGGUAGCAGCACAGCUUCCGAUAAGAAAGAUCAACCAGCUGCUGUACCGUCGUUUUCAUUUAAUGGAAGUAAAGCUUCCGGUAAAGAAGACAAACUACCGAGCGCCACUCCAUCAUUCUCUUUUGGAAGCGCAGUCUCUGAAAAGAAGGGGGCUUCCGUUGCAUCAUCAUUCUCCUUUGGUAAAGGUGCUGAAAUUGACAAUAAAGACAAGACUGCCGCUCCGUCAUUCUCCUUUGGUAAAAGCGUUGAACCUGACAAUAAAGACAAGGCUGCCGCUCCGUCAUUCUCCUUUGGUAAAGGUGUUGAAAUUGACGGAAAGGGUCAACCUUCUGCAUCAUUCUCAUUUGACAGCAGCGCAGCAUCUGACAACAAAGAGAAGCCCCAAGCUCCAUCAUUCUCCUUUGGCACUAAAGCAGCACCUGAGAAGAAGGAAACUGCGGGUGUUCCGUCAUUCUCUUUUGGCAACAGCCCAUCCCUUGAGAAGAAAGAUCAACCGGCCGCUGCGCCUUCGCUCUCUUUUGGUACCGCAAAUGGCAAUGAUUCAAAUCGUGCAUCUCCUUCGCUUCCAACUAACGGGUUCACAUUCAAAAAUUUGAAUGAAACGGGAGGUGCCCAGAAACCUUCGUUUAGUUUUGGUGUGACAGACGCGGCCAAAUCUGGGAGAUCGGUGUUCGGGACAGGCCCCGCUCAAUCCAUUCCUGCGCCUGUGACGAACAAUGUCAAUUUCACCUUCAACAAACCAAGCACUCUUGCAACUGACAAUGACUCUUUGUCGAAUAUCUCAGGCACUGACAACAAAGCUGGUUUACCUUCGCUCGAUUUUAAAUUUGGAGCAGGGACUAAUAAUAACAAAAAUACACCAAUCAGUACGGCUCCGACCACCUCCGUUACGAAUCCCUUCCUCGGAGCUUCGCAAAAUAACAACAACGGAUUCUCCUUCAACGUAUCGGGCACCGCAAAUCAGAAUGCUUCUGCUUUCGGCCAAACCCAACCAUCGCAAACCGCCUUCGGUACUACUCCGUCUCCAACAUUUGGCAGAUCGGCUUCUCCUAUCGUCAUGAAUGGCUCUAAUAGCUCAAGCAGAGCCUUCACUCCCUCCAGCACUAUAAACAUGAACUUCAGUAAUAAUGCUACUGUGAAUCCCAGCUCCGUUUUCUCAGGCAAACCAGCUGUUCUGAAUAUGGCUGCCAACGGUCCACAACAGCUUUUUAGUAAUGCACCUCCCCCAUCACAGGUUUUUGGCACUGCACCUCAAUCUAAUGGCAUGGCCGCUGGACAAGUAGCUCAACCGGCUCAACAAGCGUCGGCUCUGAACUUCCAGCUACCACCGGGCAGAAAAUUAGCAAGAAUGAGGCAGUCAAGAAGAUGA